AUGUACAGGAUGGUUCCUAUAUCCAUGGCCCCUGAUCGCGGGGCCAACUCCCUCGUCUCUCUGAGAUUCACCACAUUUGCUGUGAGCACAGUCUGCCUGCCAUUGUUUGCCUUCCUCUUCUGCAUCGUCUGGUCCCUCCUCUUCAACUUCAGCGAGACGACUGAGACCCACUGCCAUGUUCCAAACUACCUGCCCUCUGUUAGUGCUGCUAUUGGGGGAGAGACUCCUCAGAGAUACUUAUGGCGCCUGUGCAUUGGACUACACUCUGCCCCUCGAUUCCUUGUGGCCAUGGCGUACCUAAAAUAUUAUCAGGGCACCCCCUGCUCCAACCCCUAUUACCCGCGGCUUUGUCACAUCAACUUCCUGCUGAAUUCCUGCGAAAUCUUCUUCCUCAUGCUGCUCACUUACGUCUCCUCAUCGGAGAAUCACGAGGUCCAUAAGUUGGGUUUCAUGUCCUUCAUGUUCUUCUCGCUGGGAUACAUGUUUGUGACCUGCACACUAUGGCGUAUGACUCGCAAGUGGUCUGGGAGCCCGGAGGAGCGGACAUCCUAUGCCUGGAAGAAACGUCUCUUUGGCUUUUACUUGCUCAUGUUUCUGGCGUCCAUUGUGGUUUACAUUUGGCACAAUAUGUACUGUGAGCCUGGAGUCUACACCCUCUUUGCUUUCCUGGAGUACCUGGUGGUGCUGUCCAACAUGGCGUUCCAUAUGACGGCCUGGUGGGACUUUGGGAAUAAAGAACUGAUGAUCUGCUCGCCGGGGGACAAGCGCAUCUGAGUGGAUGGAAUAUCAUUUGUUACCUUUCCACUCACCUGUGCCCCCACAGAUGCACGGACAGUACCCUCCUAGCCCUUCAGGGGCACAUAGAGGCAGAGAGGAUUCUGGGUGCCACCCAGCCAAUAAUAAAAAUAGAACUUGAGGUGCAGAAUGAUGAUUCUGGGACCAUUUCAUACUGUGUGGAGACAAUCGCUGUGCUCAUUAGUGAGAAAUGAUUCUUUAAUUUAUGUUGUUUGGUUCUUUAUAUAUUUUAUUAUAUUGAUAUUAAUCUGCUGACAUAGCCUUGCCUUGGGCUAAAUUUUCCAGCACUAAUUGAGGGUGUGACUGGGUGCUGGGUCCAGUCCUCUGUAAAUGGGUAAUUUUAAAAAAAAAAGAAUGAACAGCUCCAAAGUAGUAGUUACGAACUGCAAGUGUUUUUUUUUAUUAGCAGUGUAAAUACACUAUGUUUUGGGUCAAGCCCUUUCUCAAGUGGGUCCAGUCCUCUGUACUAACAGACCUGGUGCUGCUGGGCCCAGAUGUGUCAGGCUACUGAGAAACUGGAGUUAAUUAAAGGACAAGGCGAGCAAAAACAUACCCCUGUCCCAUAGGUAAGGGAGUUUUAGUUAGUGUAGCAGCAGCUGCAGAGGUGCAUACUCCCGGGCCACUGGAUUGUAGGGGCCACAGUGAGGAGUCUGGUCAGGGGUCAUGCAAAUUAAAGGAGAAGUUAAUGUAAAAUCAGUGGGCUCCCAAACCUUUAAUUCUUAAUCACUAACUGCAAGCAAUAUGGCAGUCCUGCUACUGACAUCACUAGGCUUUUAGGAGUCCAUACAGGACAUUGACAGCUCACUUGAUCUCUGUAGGGGCCAAAACAAACCCUUUCUCUCUAUCAGAAUAUGAGCUGAGGAUGCCGUGGCCACUCCCACUUGCUUGGUAGCCAAAUCUGGCCAAGAAUGGGCAUCUUGCACCGGGCCUGGAAAUUUCCUCUGCCCGUGGCAACUAAUUCUAUAUCUAAUAUUCAUAUAUGUCAACAGUGAGCAUCCACAGUGCAGCGAACACCUAACAAAAUAUUUCCCAUGGAUUAUCCCAGCCAAUGAGAGCUGAGCUUAUUCCCCAUUGGCUGGUCUGUAAUCCAUGUGACAAAGAAGCAGAGGCCAUUCUUUAUACAGGUGAAAGAGAGAGUAGGAGGAGCCAGUUACCCUACACUAACACUACAAAGCACAGGCCCCUUUACUCAGUGUUUGGGUUUUAUUAUCCAGUUCUAAUCAGAGGUUUUUUAGUGAUUUUUCUACCAAAGAAUGAUUGUACUGACAUUUUCUAUCUUUGAUUUCUACUGUGCAUUAAACUCCAUUGUAUGCUGA